AUGGCCGCCCCUGAUAACAAGGAGAUCGCCGAGACUUCGGACGUAAAAAACGUCGCGGGCACUGAGAGCAGAGAAGAUUCAAUCCAAGACGUUGAAAUUCAAGGGGACUAUGGAUCGGGCAGAGACCACGUCUUCUCCGACCCCAAGGUAGCGGAAUACUGGAGAGACGUCUACGAGAAGGCGCAUUAUGAGGGUCGCCAUCGUUUCGACCCAACUUUCACUUGGUCGGCUGAGGAAGAAAUAAAGGUCAAGCGAAAGGUGGAUUGGCGUAUCAUGACAUGGUGCUGGCUGAUGUUUGUUGCCCUGGACCUGAACAGACGUAACAUCAACCGAGCUAUCAGCGACGACAUGCUGGCGGAUUUGGGCAUGGACACCAAUGACUUCAACUACGGUCAAACCAUUUUCCUGGUAUCCUUCUUGGCAGCGGAGCUUCCCUCAGGUCUGAUCUCCAAGAAACUCGGUCCUGACGUUUGGAUUCCAUUCAUCAUCACCUCAUGGUCCAUCAUCUCCGCGGCUCAGGCCGGACUGAAGAGCAAAACUGGAUACUACGUCUGCCGUUGCCUCCUCGGACUGCUGAUGGGAGGAUUCAUCCCUGAUACUGUUCUUUACAUCACAUACUGGUACAAAUCAAAGGAGCUUCCGAUCAGACUUUCCUGGUUCUGGACUGUCCUUAGCACCUGCAAUAUCGUUGGCUCUCUCAUGGCUGCUGGUAUCUUACAGAUGAGAGGACGACAGGGCUGGGCGGGUUGGCAAUGGCUUUUUCUUAUCGAGGGCGCUAUUACGACAGCCGGCCGCUGGAGAGGCAAAGAAGGAUGGUUUAAUGAGCGCGAGGAGAAGAUCCUGGUCAACCGCAUUCUCCGCGAUGACCCUUCAAAGGGCGACAUGCACAACAGGCAGGGCGUCGACCUUCAGCGUCUCUGGAAGUGCAUCAAGGACUACGACCUGUGGCCGCUCUACCUCGUUGGCUUGACCACUUACAUCCCGCCAAACCCGCCGGCGAACUACCUCUCCUUCAUCCUCCGCCAAAUGGGCUUCAGCACCUUCCAAGCCAACCUGCUGACCAUCCCCUCGCAAUUCCUGUUUGGCGUCAAUCUCCUCAUCAUCUCGCGCGUCAGCGAAUGGCUCAAUGAGCGCGCCCUCGUCGCCUCGACGUCCAACAUCUGGAUCUUCCCGUGGCUGGUGGCGCUCGUGGCCAUGGGCGGCAGCGCCAGCCAGUGGGUCCGCUACGCCCUGCUAACCGGCCUGCUCUCGUACCCUUAUUGCCACGCCAUCAUCGUCGCCUGGAACUCGCGCAACUCGAACACCGUGCGCACGCGCGCCGUGUCAGCCGCCCUGUACAACAUGUUCGUGCAGGCGGGCAAUAUCGUGGGCUCAAAUAUCUAUCGUGAGGAUGAUAGACCGCUGUAUCAGCGAGGAAACAAGAUCCUUCUCGGGAUUUGCAGCUUCAAUAUCGUGCUGUUCGUGGUCGUCAAGUAUUACUACGUCAGGAAGAAUCAGCGCCGCGAGGAGGCUUGGGCGAAGUUGACGGGAGAAGAGAAGAUCGACUACAUCCACAACACAAAGGACGAGGGUGCGAAAAGGCUCGACUUCAGGUUCGCCCAUUAG